AUUAUUCUUACUGAUUUUUUGUUAUUAAUCAAACAUACAUUUUUUUUAAUGACAUUCCUUAAGGUAACUGUUUCCUUUGUUCUAUUAUUUGUUCAUGGGAACUCAAUUGCUCAUAAAAAUCUUCAGAUACACGAAGGAGGAAUUAAAGCCGAAAUUGGUCAAUAUCCUUUUGCAACUUCCAUUGAAUUGGUGAUAACUGAUCUAGUGACGGAUACUUAUAUUCACAUCUGCAAUGGGAUCAUCAUUCAUGAAAGAUGGGCAUUAACUGCGGCUUCUUGUGCGGGACUUUCAUCGGUAGUUGUUGGUGGUAACGUUGAUUUAGACCAAAACGAGCCUACAAAGCAAAUUGUGGGAAUUGAAGAAUUCGUUAUACAUCCUGAUUUUGAUAUUUUUAAAAAUCCUGGACCAAACGAUAUCACCCUUGUAAGAUUAAACCAAUCUUUUGUAUUCAAUGAUGUUGUGAAACCUAUUCAAUUGCCAAAACAAGGAGCUGUCGUCGAAGGUACCGCUGAUCUUAUUGGUUAUGCUUGUAAUGAAACUGUAGAUUCAAAUUUCUAUUUGGAAUAUAUACUGGACUUGCCCAUUUUAGAUUUUGCAGAUUGUAAUACAGCUGUCAACAAUAUGGGUAUUAAUGUUUUGGACGAAAAAAGUAACAUUUGUGUAGGAAACCCAAACAGAAAUGCAAACGACUGUUAUCAAGACUAUGGUGGAGCUUUGAUUCAGAAAUCCACUCUAAUUGGUCUUGUUAGUUGGAGUAUACAACCGUGUUAUCUCUCAGGUGCUCCAGAUGUUUUUACUAAUGUAGCAAAUUUUGUCGAUUGGAUUAAUCAAACUAUUGAAAAUAAUAAAUAGAUAACAACUA